CUCCUGCCCUGGCGCGUCGGCUGCUGAUGCGGGGCCGGUGGGCGAGGCGAGGCGGCGAGGCAGGCAGAGGGAGGCAGGCCAGGAGCCGAGAAGAGAGAGGGAGAACGAGAGAGCGAGAGAGCGAGAGAGAGAGAGAGAGAGGAGCGCGGCGGCAGCGGCGGCGGCGGCCUCAGGCAGGGCGGGAGGGAGGGGCGGCCGGCCUCAGGCCCACCUCAGCCAGAGGAGAAGGAGGAGAAGGAGGAGAAGGAGGAGGGGGUCGGCCUUUCCCUCCCCCCUCCCUGCCUUCCUUCCUUCCUUCCUUCCUUCCUUCCUUCCUUCCUUCCUUCCUUCCUUCCUUCCUUCCUUCCUUCCUCUGGGCUCCUUCCCCGCCGCCCCCGAGGAGCCCCAUGGCCUUCGGCUGAGCAGCCCCCCGCCUGCCUCCCUCCCUCCCUCCCUCCCCCUCCCCCUUUCCCAGCCCCCACCCCAGGAUGCGGCCAUCGCAGGGCCAAGGAGGAGGAGGAGGAGGAAGAGGGAGAGGAGGAAGAGGAAGAAGAGGAGAGCCCCCCUCCCCGGAGCCGGCGGAGCUGCUUUUGCGGAGGUGUGUUUCUCCAGUCCGGCUGGGACACUGCUUGUGCUACCGGGCCAAAAAUGGAACGCAACAGACGCCUUUUCUCUGACGGAGUGACCUUUUGCAUUUUCCUUUAAGACUGCUUUCUCCAAUCCUGUUCACUCAAGCCACGGCCUUUCCUGGUUGCUUUCUCCUCUUCCUUUUCUACUUGGGCCGGCAAUCUGUUUCUUCCUCUCCCCCUCUCUGAGGAACCGCCACGCCCUGUGGUUCUCCCAGAACCCUUAACUCUCCUUGUGCGCACGCCCGCACAAAACAGCCGCCAUGUUUCUCUCACCUUCAAGUUUCGUCCUUCGGGUGCUGAACAUCCGGACAGGUUCUGCUCUUUUCUUCUGGCUUUUGGGGCUAGCCCUGCGCUCGCUACCCCUUUCGGGGCAGAAACCCGAGGACAAAUACCCUGUGGUGCCCACCAAUUACGGGAAGCUCCGGGGAAUCAAGAAAGACCUGAACAACGAAAUCCUUGGCCCCGUGGUGCAGUACCUGGGCAUCCCUUACGCCACACCGCCCGUGGGGGAGAGACGCUUCCAGCCCCCUGAGGCACCCGCUUCGUGGUCCGAGGUGCGGAAUGCCACAGCUUUUGCUCCCGUCUGCCCGCAGAACAUCCAUGGCAUGCUGCCCGGUAUCAUGCUGCCCGUCUGGUUCACGGACAACUUGGAAAUCGUCGCCGGCUAUGUCCAGAACCAGAGUGAAGAUUGCCUCUACCUCAACAUUUACGUGCCCAUGGAGGACGGUCCGCUCACGAAAAAGCGUGAGGAGGCAUCAACUAACAAUCCCACUCCAGACGAAGAUAUCCGGGACAGCGGCAAGAAGCCCGUCAUGCUCUUCAUCCACGGCGGAUCCUACAUGGAAGGAACGGGGAACAUGUUCGACGGCAGCGUUUUGGCUGCAUACGGCAACGUGAUUGUCGUCACCAUGAACUACCGGCUCGGCGUGCUGGGCUUCAUGAGCACCGGCGACCAAUCCGCCAAGGGAAACUACGGCCUCCUUGACCAAAUCCAGGCCUUGCGGUGGUUGAACGAGAACAUUGGCCAUUUCGGGGGAGACCCUGAGCGGAUCACCAUCUUUGGCUCGGGGGCCGGGGCCUCCUGUGUCAACCUCCUCAUCCUCUCCCACCAUUCGGAAGGUCUGUUCCAGAAAGCCAUUGCUCAGAGUGGCACCGCCAUCUCCAGCUGGUCGGUCAACUACCAGCCCCUCAAGUACACCCGCAUGCUGGCCUCCAAGGUAGGCUGCGACCACAUGGACACCAGCAACACGGUCGACUGCCUUCGGCGCAAACCCUACCGGGAGCUGGUGGAUCAGGAUAUCCAGCCGGCUCGCUACCACAUUGCUUUCGGGCCCGUGGUGGAUGGGGAUGUGGUGCCGGAUGACCCGGAGAUCUUGAUGCAGCAAGGGGAGUUCCUCAACUACGACAUCCUCAUUGGUGUCAACCAGGGGGAAGGCCUGAAGUUUGUGGAGGACUCCAUGGAGAACGAGGAUGGCAUUUCGGCCAGCUACUUCGACUUCACCAUAUCCAACUUUGUGGACAACUUGUACGGAUACCCGGAGGGUAAGGACAUUUUGCGAGAGACCAUCAAGUUCAUGUACACGGAUUGGGCGGAUCGGGACAACGGCGAGAUGCGGCGCAAGACCCUCCUGGCCCUCUUCACAGACCACCAGUGGGUGGCGCCUGCCGUGGCCACCGCCAAGCUGCACGCCGAGUACCAGUCACCGGUCUACUUCUACACCUUCUACCACCACUGCCAGACCGACACGCGGCCCGAGUGGGCAGACGCCGCCCACGGAGAUGAGAUCCCGUACGUCUUUGGUGUGCCCAUGAUCGGAGCCACCGACCUCUUCCCGUGCAACUUCUCCAAGAACGACGUCAUGCUGAGCGCGGUUGUUAUGACCUACUGGACCAAUUUUGCCAAGACCGGAGACCCGAACCAGCCAGUUCCGCAGGACACCAAGUUCAUCCACACCAAGCCCAACCGCUUUGAGGAGGUGGUCUGGACCAAGUUCAACACGAAAGACAAGCAGUACCUCCACAUCGGCCUCAAGCCCCGGGUGCGCGACAACUACCGGGCCAACAAGGUGGCCUUCUGGCUGGAGCUGGUGCCCCACCUCCACAACCUCCACGAGCCCCCCUACACCUCCACCACCACCCGCAUCCCACCGGCCGUCACCCGCUGGCCCAGCACAGGGCCGCUGACCACCCGCCGGCCUAUGCCCACGCUCCCUGUGGACGAGGAUGACGUGGUGCGACCGCAGCGCUACGUGCCCUUCCCGGGAGACUCGCGGGACUACUCCACGGAGCUGAGCGUCACAGUGGCCGUGGGCGCCUCCCUUCUCUUCCUCAACAUCCUGGCCUUCGCAGCCCUCUACUACAAGCGGGACAAGCGGCAUGAACUGCGGAGUGGGCGGCGGCUCAGCCCCCAGCGCAGCGCGGCCAAUGACCUGGUGCAUGGCGGGCAGGAGGAGGAGAUCAUGUCCCUCCAGAUCAAGCACUCGGAGCACGACGCCCAUGACCUGGAGCCCCUGCGGCCCCAUGAGAUCCUGCGCCCCGCCUGCCCCCCCGAUUAUACCCUGGCCCUGCGCCGGGCCCCGGACGACGUCCCCCUGAUGACCCCCAACACCAUCACCAUGAUCCCCAGCACGAUCACGGGCAUGCAAGCCCUGCACCCCUUCAACACCUUCCCCACCGGACACAAUAACACGCUCCCCCACCCUCAUUCCACCACCCGCGUAUAGUCGCCCUCCCCUCUGUACCCUUUCGGCCGCCCGGCAGCAGCGGUGGGGGUCCCCGCCCCCCUGCCCGGAAGGAGGGAGGCGUCUUUCCCCGCCACGUUGGACGGGUCUUUUGUAUAACAUUCUGUGCGUGGGGAGGGGAACGGCAAGGGGGGGAGAGGCAGAGACCCCCCUCUCCCUCCAUCGGCAGGGGCCGGCGGUGCUUGCCCACUCGGUUUGAUGCUGGAGCCCCCGCCAUCACCCUUGGGGCCAGAAACAGGCCACUUGGAGAAUCGGUCCCUUUUUCAAGUGGAGAGAAAAUGAGAGAAAUAGGGGUGUUGUGGAGGCAGGGGUCCUUUUGGAUGUGGGACUGGGGUUGCCAAAGGGACGUGACGGGGAGGUGAAACAUCUUUGAUUUGGACAGAUAAUAGGAAACCCGGUGCCAUUCCAACUGCGGGUCUGGGGUUCAGGCUAAAGGAGCGAUUGGAAAAGAAAACCUGCAAUCUUGUCUUCAUUCCUCUUGUCCGGAUGGUGAAGACCGCCUAUUUCUUUCUAGCCAUGAUGUGGGUGGAGGGGAUCAGGGGCCGAGAGCGAGAACGCCCAGUGCUCCGUUCACCUUGUUGUGAAAGGCGGCCACGCUAUUGCUCAAAUGGUUCACAUCACGAGACACACGAAUGGUUUUGCUCAGAGGGUAAUGGAGAAGUCAACAUUGAAAUGUGAGAGCAAAGAGAACGACACCCGCAUCUUCUCUCCGUGAUGAGGAUCACCACAUUCAAUGCACGGCACAUUCCGGGUGCUGAAGGGCACCACCGAAUAUUUCUUCGGAGCCGAGAAAGAGUUAGUGUAAGGACAGAAGGUCAAUCCUCUUCCAUUCUUUUUACUUUUCCUGUGCGGCUUGCGUGCUUGCGUUGUAAUGUCAUUCCAAGGGAGCGAUUGUGUUGUGGGGCGGAAGAAGGGGUCGGCCUCCCUUCUGUCCUUCCCGGGGAGGCAGGAGGUCAAAUCACAGUGCCUUCUUAGCACCGUCCAGAGAGAAAAGCCGGCCGUCUGCCUCGUCCCUUGGCCGUCUCCCAUGCCUCCUCCUUCCUGGCCACGUUUUGGUCACCAUUCAUUAGCCUUGUGGAACACAAUGAUACAUAUUUUGACAAAAAGAUAAAGUUCCUCCCAAAAGAUUGCCAAUUGUGGCAACUUAACAAGCCCCUGAAAUCUCACCAGAAAACAAGAAAAAGAGGUAAAAGUCCAGAAUGAAAUUCAGAGAGGGUUUCAACCUGGGCUCUCAGAAUCCUUCCUCUGACUGACUGUCUUCUAAACUUUGUUUAUUGGAGCUUGGCAGAGAAGGCAAGUGUUUGGUUUAAGGAACGCUAUUAUACGAAGGUCAAGAUUUGAAACUGAGAAAGAAUGGGCAAGGCACAAGGCAGUGGUUGGGAGACCAUGUUUAUUUUAAUUCUAUGUAUGUGUUUUCCCUCUUUUACCUUUAAAAAAAUAAGCAAAACAAGAGUACACAAACUGGGAAAUGAGACGAGAGGGAGUGUUUACAAACCGAGAAAGAGCCGCCAAUAGAGAACACACUGCAUGUUUGCCUUUGUUAUUUUUCUUAAGAGGUCGGCAAGGAAAGGGAUCUGUGCUGCAGAUCAUCUUUAGACUCCCGCUUGCCUUCUGGACUGGAGAAUGCAGCAUCCCCCCCCCCCCCAACCCCAUUAUUUGUUCCCAAAUCAGCAUUUUUUCCUUCUCCUCCAAAGAACCUCCUUAGGGCAGGAGCUAUUGGACGGUAGAAUUGAUUCUCCUGGGUUGAGGAUUUUGAAGGAGUCCCCAAAUGUCCAGCAUAGCAGUAAAUGAACAAAAACUUGCACUGAGCAUUUAAGAAUAUUGUUUCAGCAUCCAGAAUAAAUAGGGAAAGCAAGUGAUGUGGGGAAAACAAAUGUGGCAAAGACUAAAGUUUUAGGCAUGAAGGAUUUCUGGGGUUUUAUCCUUUGUGACUUUUGAAGGGGUAUUUUGUUGAAGAGGUCAAGACUCUUUAUUUGCAAGGCCAGGUCUUCGUUUUGACCCACUCACAAGCAACUGGCACAGGGGUGCCUUGGAGAGCCAAGAGACUCUGGGCGCAUCUAGACCAGGCACAGGCAAACUCUGGCCCUCCAGGUGUUUUGGCCCACAAUUCCUAAUUCCCAGCUAUUGGCUGUUAGGAGGACUGAAGUUUGCCCAUUCCUGGUUUAGAUGACCCUCCAACUACAGGAACUGGGGCAAAAAUGGUUGCAAUCCAUCCUGUGUAUAUGUGACCUCACCUCUCCUUUCUUCAUGCCCCCAUUCCUUUCCCCCUGCUUCCCUGCACCUUCUGAUACGUAGCUUGGCUCGCUUACACGAAGCCUCUUCUCUAAAGGCACUUGGUUGUGUUGUCCUUGUUGGCGUUGCUUUGUGGCAGGCCUUCCUUUGUUUAGAAGUUCUUCCUAAGGUUUAGGUGGAAUUGCUUUCCAUGCAGUUAGAUUCAAGCUACAGAAAAAAGAGAUUCCACCAAACCGUAGGAGGAAUAGGUAUGCUUCUGCUGGGGAGUCCACUGGAGCCUCCUUCUCUGAGGCCAGAUGGUCGUCUGUCAGCAGGACUUGGAUUGUGUCUUGCAGCCUGGUUAGUAGGUGGGUAGACUGGCUUUUAGGGUCUCUUCCCAAUGGUGGAGUUGGUGCAGUGGCUACCCUUUUCUUGGGGAAAGAAAAUGCCUAUUUGGGGGGCCGAGAGCCAACAUGCCCUCCGCCCCAACUCCGGAAGCCAUUCCUUUGUUCCUUCUUUGCAUUGCACCAAAUGCCCGCUUGGUUCCAAUGCUCCAAAUCUCCCAUGUCGUGAAUGCAUUGUCUCCUUGACGCAGCCACUCAGAUCCCUUCCGAGGAAGAUUGCCAUUCCCGAUGGACCCGUCCCGUCCUCCGUUCCUUCUCUUUGCGUUAGAUCCAAGGUUGCCACACUUUCUGGAAUCCCAUCAGGCAGAAAGAGGGAAAGAGCAAUUCGUUUUACAGCCCGCCCUCCACAUUCGCUGGGGUUCAGGGCAAGAUGGAAAAACCACACACUAAAAACAAACAAACAUUUUAAUCAAAGCCACAAAUAUGGAGGGCAGCCUGUAAUGUUUUAUUUAAACAAAAAAGCACAUUCUUCUGAACUUUUUCUCUCUGCUGUUGCCUUCCUCGGUUCUCGUGCCUCUGCCAUUUUUGUUCGUGCGAAAUUUUCAUUUCUCCAUUUUAGGUGUUGUUUUCCUUUCCUUUCUUUUCUUUUUAAAGGAAUAUAUAUAUAUAUAUAUAUAUAUAUAUAUACACAUAUAUAUAUUCCAUUAGAGGGAAAAACAAAAGAGAAACACAAAGGUUUAAGGGGGACGGGGCGGGAGGGUUUGCGGGGGUCCGGAGUUUCGUCCUAAGCCAUGCGGAGACUCCAUCUAACUUUACGAUGUUUCGAGUUGGUUUCCUUUUUUUAAAAAAAGACGAAGCAGAAGAAUUUAUUAUAAAUAUAAAUAUAUAUAUAGAUAAUCCAUUUUUUAAAAAAGGAAAACAAUUAUUUUGUAAAAAAAAACUGAGGGAAAAAAUGAAAUAAAAUUUUAAAAGCGAAA